AUGAUCAGACUUCUUAAUCUCCCAGAGGAGACUCUCUGCCUCAUUGCGGAAAGCCUAGAUCACCAGCGUGAUCGCCAUUCCCUAGUUCUGUCAUGUCGUCGACUGUACACAGUUCUGCUACCAACUCUCUACUCCCAGGUUAUUCUUGGUGACGUUAGCAAUCAUACAGUUGGCCAAGUCAGUCAAUUUUUCAACGCAAUCGCGCGACGUCCGGAGUUGGCCAGCGCCGUGCGAGCUUUACGCUUGGAGAGUUGGGACACCGAGGAUGACAAUGGAGACAUCGACUGUGAAUUCGAGUAUGAUGGGGAACUUAUUCGCGGACUUGUCGCAGGUACCUGUUGGUCCAAUCAACCGAACGAUCAACUGCGGCGCGGAAACACCGAUGCUUGGUUAGGUUUGCUCAUCCCUCAGCUGAAAGGCUUAAGGCAAAUCAGCAUAUGCUACCCGUAUGGGACAGAAUACGUCGAGAAAAUGUUCUUGAAGGCUGCCAAAGAGAAUGUCACAACAUUUCCUCGCCUCACUGAAGCUUUCGCAGAAUGGUAUGAUACGGAAAAUUCCAUCCCUGCAAGCUGCAUGGAGCCGUUCUUCAAAUUCCCGGCGAUGCGCAGGAUUGGAGGAUCAUAUAUCGUCGACUCCGAUCGUGAAGGGGGAGAACCCCGCAUCACACCCUUCUCUGGGGUCACAGAUAUUGAUCUCGACAUGACCAAUACUGAGUGUGGAUUCGGUGUGUGGAUUGAAUCUUGCAAAGCUCUCAAGACAUUCCGGUUGAAUGUUGGCGGAGAAAUGAUUUCAGAGGGACCGGAUCUUGUAUCUGCUCCUCUUCGAGAAUCGAUAUCCCUUCACAAGUCAUCGCUAGAGGCGUUCUGGCUCUGUGGCGAAUCAUACGAGCCUCCGGAAGACGACGACGGAUGGAUGGGAUCGUUUGCUGAUUUCAAUACGAUGAAAUAUUUACAUAUUUCUCUAUCAAUGCUUGCCAAGCUCAACGACGACUUUGAGCCCACGCAAGAAAUCGUGGCACUAUUGCCGCCGUCUCUUGAGACUUUGUAUCUGUGUCACUGCCACAACGAGCUGCUCGAAUGGGCCGUCGAUCAAAUCGGACGCUUGCUGGAUUCGAAUUGUCUGCCGCGCCUUACAUCCUUGGGGCUUGAGGGUUAUGGACCUUCAGAGGUCCAUCAGAGUUCGUUGGAGACUAUGCGCAAACUAGAGGAGUUGCACAAAAGAUGUGCAGAUGCUGGUGUGUUCUUUGCUACUUCAAUUGGAAGUCACAGAGUGAUCCCGAGUCAUUUUGUGUCUCUUUGGCCUUGUUCUUAA